AUGCGCUUGCCCUUGACAUUACUAGCCCUUGCGACUUCUUGUUGUACAGCCCUCGCAGUGGAUCUUAAAGGGCGAAUACAAUGGAACGAAAUAUGUCCCUCUCUUGGUGAUCUCGGACAGUCGAAAGUCAUCCUCGACAACGGGAAGCUGCGAGGUGGGAUAACCAAGGAUGGUGGUUUCGAAAUUCCGGAUGUUUCCCCGGGAACAUACAUUCUCACUGUCAUCUCUCACGACUUUCACUUCGACAAACUCCGGGUGGAUGUCUUCGAGACAGAAUCGCUGCCAGAAAUACGGCCCUACAUUGCGGGGACUCCUCUAUCUCCGCCAUCAUCCAUCACUCUCCCGUAUCCGAUACUCCUCACUCCGCGGACGAAAAACGACUACUUCACGCCCCAGCAGUCAUUCAACCUCAUGGGGAUGUUCCAAAGCCCCAUGAUGUUGAUGAUGCUCGUCAUGGGCGGUAUGAUGCUAGCAAUGCCGUAUAUUAUGAAGACUAUGGACCCCGAUUCUCUUCAAGACUUCAACAAACGCCAGGCGAGAAUCGGAGCCCUGCAGAGCUCACUCCAGAGUGGUGAUCUGAGCGGCGGGUUGUCUGCCUUGAUGAGCUCAGCACAGGAUGAGUCCUCGGCCAGCACCGGUACGGCGAAGCAGACGUCAUCAUCAUCCGGUGUAAAGCAGCGCGGUGGCAAGAACAGGAGACGGUGA